CGCUAUAUGUUUGAUCAUUUUUUCGUUUAUUUAUCCUUUUAAUCUCUCUCAAUUAAAGAUCGCCGGAGGAGAACGAACGACGGCGAAUCUAGCUGAGUUUGGCUAGGGUUCCUGUGAAUUUCCAUAUCUCGUUUGAUUGUGUUUCACAGCUGCGCUAUUGAACAUGGCGUCGGAGGACGUGGUCGGGAAAACGAGCGCUACGAUCGCGAAUAUCGCUGAAGAAGCAAAGAUAGCGAGUGAAGGUGUGAAGGCUCCGAGUCGUCUCGCUUUACUUGGCAUCUGCAAAUCACUCGCCGCCGGAGGCAUUGCUGGUGGAGUAUCACGCACUGCUGUUGCUCCUUUAGAACGAUUGAAAAUUCUUCUCCAGGUUCAAAAUCCACAUGCAAUCAAAUACAAUGGAACAAUUCAGGGGUUGAAGUAUAUAUGGAGAACAGAGGGUUUAAGAGGAAUGUUUAAAGGAAAUGGCACCAAUUGUGCUCGCAUUGUCCCAAACUCUGCUGUCAAGUUCUUUAGCUAUGAAGAGGCAUCCAAGGGAAUCCUGUGGCUCUAUAAGCAGCAACCUGGAAAUGAGGAUGCUGAACUCACCCCUCUCUUACGCCUUGGAGCCGGUGCUUGUGCUGGAAUAAUUGCCAUGUCAGCAACCUACCCAAUGGACUUAGUCCGUGGUCGCCUUACUGUCCAGACGGAUAAAUCUCCUAGCCAAUAUAGAGGAAUCGCUCAUGCUCUUAAAACCGUACUCCGUGAAGAAGGCCCACGCGCAUUAUACAAAGGAUGGCUCCCUUCUGUCAUUGGUGUCGUACCAUAUGUGGGGCUUAAUUUUGCGGUAUACGAAUCGUUAAAAGAUUGGUUGGUGAAAACAAGGCCAUUUGGGCUAACGGAAGGCACGGAGCUGAGUGUGACCACAAAGCUUGCAUGUGGGGCCGCAGCCGGAACCGUGGGCCAAACGGUGGCUUAUCCUCUUGAUGUGAUUCGGCGGAGAAUGCAAAUGGUCGGGUGGAAAGACGCGGCUUCGGUUGUAACCGCAGAUGGCAAGUCAGGACUCGAGUACACCGGAAUGGUCGAUGCCUUUAGGAAAACCGUUCGCUAUGAGGGCUUCCGUGCAUUAUACAAAGGCCUCGUCCCCAACUCGGUCAAGGUGGUACCAUCAAUAGCUAUUGCGUUUGUGACGUAUGAGGUGGUGAAGGACGUAUUGCAUGUAGAGAUGAGGAUAUCCGAUUAAAGAAAUAGCAUCCUACUUUACUAAACUUUAAUGUUAGUUAAAGUUAAAGUUAAAGUUUGUGUGCGAAAGGGUAAAACGGUAAAAACUACCAAGUGGAAAUUUUUUUUGUUCUCUAAGUGUCUAGAGAUUUAAGAGUAGCCCAUGUUUAUAUACAACAACACCCAUAGCACCAGGUGUAGUAGUUUGGUUUUUAAAGUAUUUGUACCCACAUCCACAGUAUUUAAUAAGGAUAGGCUUGGAGAGCUGAGUCCCGUGGUUUUUUUUUUUUUUUUUUUUG